CUCCAUUCUCGCCAUUUUGAGCGCAGCGUGAGAAAAAAAAAGUGAGAGAGUUUUUUUUUUUUUACAGCCAGAGAGUAAAACAAGCCGCGGGGGCCAAAGAUCACUAAGAGCUGCCGCAUCAGUAUGGAGGACAGCAGUGGUGUUGCCGUCCUGGUUCCUUGCUCCAGAGAUCAUCAGGAGGUCUUCAACCCUGAUUCACACAUUCAUGAUGUCGAAGAAGAGCAGAAGCAGCACAAGCAGGCUGCAGACUCACUCAUCCAGGUGAUCGAGAAGCUCAGUAAGAUAGUGGAGAAACGGCCUAGGCGAUGCACUCUGUCUGGGAAAAAGCGCCCCUCUAUGACCUGUGCCUCAGUAAUGCUGGCAGAGAGCCGUGAGGGCAGCGGAGGGGUUUCACCAUCCAAAAGAACCAAGGAGUGUGAAGAGGAGUGCCAGGUUCUCAGGUGUGCAUCAGAGAAUGUGACUGAGCAGGAACCAAUUAACAGGAUUGCCCGCAUGGUUACCUGCUACCAGUGCAGCCUGUGCCGCUUCCUUUCUCCUACUCUGAUUGCUUUAAAAGAUCACAUGAAACAGCAUGAUGAACAGCACAAUGACCUCAUUCUCAUGUGCUCAGAGUGUUGUUUUACUUCGAAACAUCAGGAUGAGCUAGAGGCACAUAUCAGGGUUCACUUUGAGGAGGGCGACUGCACUAAGAGAUCCCCUGCUGAGCAACAGACUGGAAACCUGCAAAGUAGGAUCGGGUUCUCGGCCAUGAAACCUGAGUCCGAAUCUGAGAAAAUGCCAGGAGGCUCUAAAAAGUGGUACAGCUACGAGCAAGGUCGGUAUCACUGCCUAAUAUGCAGUUAUGAAUGCGGGCAGCAGCGCAAUUUAAAAACGCAUGCUUGGAAACAUGCUGGCUUGGUGGACUGCUCAUACCCUAUAUUUGAAGAUGAGGCCGACCAGCAAGAGGCGCACCAUUUAUAUGCCCUUAAUCCCAACUCCUCCUUAGAGCAAGAUAAAAAGCAGGAAGCUAUCAUGGUUCUCGCCCCUGUUGGAGAACAAGGUCAGGUUCUUCACCAUACCCCGUCCAUUCAGCUGGAACUAUGUGCAUCAGAAAAUGUAAAAUGUGAUGAUGAUAUGGUGCCAGAGAGAGUGAAAGAGUCAGAGGAGCCUCCAGGAGAGGUUCAGGUGACCCCUGAGGCGCAGAUGGAGUUGGAGUUGGAGACGGAAAACCAGCAGACUACAACUGACAGCUUGUUGUCUUCAGUACAGAAGAUCAUUAGUUCAAGUGGCAACAGUGCCGGCCAUGUCAAUGUCAUUGUGGAGAGACUGCCCUGCACUGAGGAACCUGUCUCCAAUAAACCUCUGCUCCUGAGCCCAGAGGUGGCUAGAUACAAGACCCUACUAGCCUCCCAGGAGAUGGGAAUUGAGCGCCAAUCUCAUCCCGUAUACUACGAGGAGCAGGUUCUGAUUGACUGGAAUGACAGCGACGAGCAUCCUGUAAUGGAGAGUCAAGAGUCUGUCCCACCUCCGAAUGAGAAUCUGCCUCCAACACGUAGGAGGACACAUUCUGAGUGCUUGCGGUUGCACUCUUUGGCAGCUGAAGCCCUUGUGACUAUGCCCUGGAGAGCUACAGAGCUGACCGAUCCUGCUGUUAAGGGGACUUCGAGUGUGAUCUCUGACACAGGCCAAAAAAUACUUGAUCUGUCUGCCACUUCUGCAGCAUCCAACGCAAAGGUAGCUUCAUCAGAGCCAGAACCAGCAACCCUUCUGAACCUCAGCCAGAGUUCCAGGGAUCAAUUGUUAGAAGGACCCUCAAAAGCUGGAAUCAGCACAUCUUUACUGACGGUCAUUGAGCGGCUACGGGAAAGGUCGGAUCAGAAUGCAUCCGAUGAAGAUAUUCUAAGGGAACUACAGGACAAUCCACAGAUUCUGAACGGCAGUACAUCUACGGGAGAUGCAGAUGUGGCAUGCGAGGUUUCCUCUGCUGAAGCUGAUCUGGUGGAGUACAUUGCCGGGAGUGACAGACCGUACCGUUGCCGUCUGUGCCUUUACAGCAGUGGCAACAAGGGCUAUGUCAAGCAGCACCUGCGUGUUCACAGGCAGCGACAGCCUUACCAAUGCCCCAUCUGUGAGCACAUUGCCUCUGACAGCAAGGAUCUGGAGAGCCAUAUGAUGCACCACCGCAAGAGCCGCAUGUACCAGUGCAAGCAUUGCAACGAGAUCUUUCACUAUAAGAGUCAGCUGCGGAACCACGAGAGAGAGCAACACGGGAUAAGUGACACGGCGGCGGCCCUCGCGCUUGAUGGCGAAACGAAAGCGAACGUGGACGAGUCUGAGAAGAUGACUGAUGAUGAUUGUGUCAGCGAGCAGAAAGUGUAUAAAUGUGACAUGUGUGACUACACCAGCUCUACCUACGUCGGAGUGCGGAACCAUCGCAGGAUCCACAGUUCCGACAAGCCCUACAGGUGCUGCAGCUGCGACUUCGCCACCACCAACAUGAACAGCCUGAAGAGCCACAUGAAGAGACACCCACAGGAGCACCAGGCCGUGCAGCUGCUCGAGCAGUACAGGUGCUCGCUCUGCGGCUACGUGUGCAGUCAUCCUCCAUCCCUCAAGUCCCACAUGUGGAAACACGCCGGGGAUCAGAACUACAACUACGAACAAGUGAACAAGGCCAUCAACGAGGCCAUCUCGCAAAGCAGCCGGCCUCCAGUUGCGCCUUCUAAGUCAGUUCCAGAUCCGUCCACAGACCGUCCGUACAUCUUCCUGAGCCAGAAAGAGAAGACGUCGCCUCCUCCAGGGUCGAGAGCGCCAUGUGUAUCAGUGAGGAAAGGAGGCGCCGGGCUUCCGACAUCAGGCAUGGAGUACUGCGUGCUGCUCUUCUGCUGCUGCAUCUGCGGCUUCGAGUCCACCAGUAAGGAACAGCUGAUGGAGCACAUGAAGGAGCACGACAUCAUCAGCAUCAUACUGAGCAAAGAGCAGCAGGGAGGCCAGGCUUCUGAGGCCACCACAGCGCAGUGAGGGAAAUCAGUGCACACACACACACACAGUAAAUCUCUUAAAAUUAGAGCCAGUAAAUUUUUUUUGUUUGUUUGUUUUUGCACAUUUUUUUCUUUAAUACUUGCUUUUGAUACACUGCUUUUACAGAUAAAGAAACUCUGCACUCUUAUUAUAUUUUUCUCUUUCCUCUUUUAUUUCUCAGUGUCAUUAAGGGUUAUUCAAACACAAUUCAGGAUUCGGACGUUUCCUCCGAAAAACAUCCUCAGACGUUUUUUUUUUAUUAUUAUUAUUAUUAACCGAGAAACAUAAAAUAUCAUUAUAUAGUAGGUGAAUUUAUUUACCUGAAUUGCAUUUCAUACCUCACUUUUCUAUAUGGUAUAAAUGAAAAUCAUUAGGGUUAAAUCAUCCACAGGGCAGCUUUUCUACUUCACUGUAAUAUUAUUUAUCAGUAUUGUUUAUAUAGACUUCAUGGUAAGGGAAGAAAAGAUAAAGGUGUAGGGUAAUUACCUUCUGGUUUGUCAAUAUUUGUGUUAAUAUUUAUCGCGCUAAUUUAUAUCUUUGCAUGUACCCUUCCGUUAUGCUCGCAGAAAGAGAGCGGUAUCGUCGCGGAUCCUGGUUUUUUUUUUUGGUGCUACAGACGCUUUCUCCGGCUCGAGAACGAAGCGUCACAUCAGGAAUGUAUCUUAAACCUACAGAUAAUAAGCCAGCCGAAAUCGUGUGUUUGUUUGCUAGUACUGUUUAAUGCACAGUCACGGGACAUUCUAAUGGUCACUGGUCCAAAAAUAUUUUAAAUCAGGUGAUAAAAACUCUAUCCUGCAGCUGAAAGCCAAGUAUAAUGUCAUACAUCAACUGUGAGGGAUUAAAACAUAGGCAUUUAAAAGACUUGUGCAUUGGAUACGGUGAUGUAUCGUGACUUACGUACCGUUUUCUUUUAAUAGGACACCACUGUCUUACUAGUAACAUAGAUUGAUGCUAAGUAGUUCCUUUUAUAUUUAAAUUAGUUUUUUUUUUUAAGUUUACAUUUUAAAGUUGCUCUGUAAUUUUUUAUAAUUAAAAGGCCGCAGAAGAUUAUUUAUAUAGUAAAUAUUUCCAUAAAACUUUUAAACUUUAAACCUACCUCCGGUCCAUAAUGUUCCCUGAAACCUCAACUUGAUCUAAUUAGUCUUAUAUUUUAAAGGAAUAAUUCGCAUCCCCUCACUGAUUUCAGAUGGGAGAGGAGAAGGGGAUCCAAUCCAUAAUUCAUAGGUUUUGAGAUUGCAUUUGGGGAGAACAAUGUGUCAAGCGAAGUAAAUUAUUUUAUGUAAGAAAAUCUCGCUAACACACGGAAUUAUGAAUAUCAGGAAGAUAAUGACUUGGUAUGCAUGUGGAGCAUGCAAUCACUUGAGCUCAUUGUGCAUUUUAAUCACAGUAAUUCGAGUCUAGCCGAGGCACACGGAAACCUUUGUACGAUCCGGAAUUGCUUUCCCAUUUCCGUGUUUUUGUUGUUGUUUUUUUACAUGUACAUCCAGUCAGACGAUGUAGAUGCAAUCUGAUGUUGAGCGUAUGCAUUCUGAAUGCAUUUUGACAUUUUUUUUUCUUUUCAGUUCUUAUUAAUAAUGGAACAGCUUAUUAAUCUGUUUAGACUGUAGGAAAAGGUGGAGGAAGUGAAGAAUAGUAAUAUAGCUAGUUUUGUAUAACCUCUUUUGGAGCUUAAGUAACUUUGCAAUUAUUCAGCUUAAAUUCUGCACCCACUGAACUCAUCAUGUUAACUGAUUUAUUCAUUUAUUUAUAAAAAAAAUUUCCCCCCUGAAAAAUCUCUAAACAUGGUGCUCAGACUGUUUUGUGCCUUGCAUUCUUACUCCUGAUCAGCUCUCUCUUUGAAAUGUAUGCCAAAUGUUACCCCAUAAUUGGUUGUGAUAAAAUUAGGCCUUAAUUCUGCCCUUAUAGUUUUUGUAAUGUACUGACAAAAAGUACUGUAGUAUGGCUUUAUACAUCACUGGCUGUGUAUAUACUGUUAAAUUUGGAUUGAUUAUAUUUUUGAAGAAUUUCUAUUUUUAAGGCAACUACAGGUAAACACUACAGUUGUACAAAAAAAAAUGGAUUAUUGUCUAGCCAAAGUGUAU